UUUUUUUUCAGGCAACAUUCUCUAACUAUCUGCUAAGCCCAGAUCACAAAACUCCUGUCGAAAUUGCUAGAAUGACCCUCCUUACUCUAAAUACUAGCGUCUUGCUUAGAAGGCAUACAUACCAAAUACCGAACACCAUCAACCGGACCCUGUUGAGAACCCUUCCGCUCUUCUCCCUGCCGGUCACCUGGAAUGGUCACCGGCCACUACUUCAUAGCACUACCCCACAACCUUACAUAAAGAAGAAGACGCUCCAACUUCCUUCUAGAUUCUUAUCAUCAUCAUCACCGCGCGCUGUGACUGGUCCUCGAGACUCUAAACGUACCCCAUGGUGGCCCUUCAGAUGGAAUGAUGCCGACUUAAUUGAGAAGAAUAUGCAUGAUAUGGGCUUCCAGAACUGGGGCAUCGUUAUCUACCGUUGCACUUACGAGAGUGAUUCAGACUGGGAAGAGUUUAUGUCUCGCUUUCUUCGCCAGGUUCGGACGUCACUCGAAUCUUAUGAUGGUUUGGACUUGCUCGAUUCCUUCAGGCCGACGGUAAUGGACGACAAGACACAGUUCAGCGGGGUGACUCCAGAAACCGUACGGGAUCACUUCAAUGCGUGGUCGACUACCGCGUGUGAAGCUGAGCAAGGAGUUCCGCUUACUGAUUAUCGAUGGUAUUCUACGGCACGGUACGGACUUUGUAUCAUAGUGGAUGAGGAGGCCUUGAAACAUGAGGUAGACCGCGCUGGUAUAAAGAAAUCUGAUGAAAAGAUUGAGAAUAAUAAUUAUGAGCUAUUACAUGGAUGUAUAUAUGAAGAUGUUGGCUGGAUGAAAGUGUGUUAUAGUAUGGUUCAGAUAUAUGCUUACACUCAUUUGGGAGCAAGCUCUUGGUGGGAGGAAGACUAUAGACAACCUCCUAAGAUUGCUCUUGGAUUAAUGUAGAGGUUUUUCUUCCUAUAUACCUAUGUAUACUAAGACUUGGAUUAUUUGCAGUGUAAGGAGGUGAAUCCUUACAAGCCAGC